AUGGCGCAUUGGGAGCAAGACUCGUCUUGCAAGAUUCCCGAGCAAGUCGAACAAGCCAAUGAUGAACCUGUCGAUGAACUACUACCCGAUGAUUUGCCCUCAGACUCUGCGCAGCUCCAACAGCAGCAGGCCGCGGCGAGGCGAGCGAGGCGUGCAUCAAGGCAACGGGACAAGCGGCGAACAAAGGCAAAUGAAAAAUCGGAGGAAGGAGAGACCAAAAGCGAAGAAAGCCCCACGAGUAAACGCAAGGCCGCGAUCAAUAAAGUGAAUCAAAUUCUCGAUGAGAAUACAGCGCCAAAGCGGGGACCGAGGGGACCAAAAGGCAAACUUUCACACGUCGCAAACUUCAUCAACGAAAAGCAUACUGGGGUUGUCGACUCCGAGGCUGAUACACUCAAAGCUUUGGAUGUUCCCAUGGCCCCUGUGCCUGGUCUGUCAUUUGGCCUCGACCGAGUCCUUUUCAACCCUGGUGUAUAUCAAUUACGAGACCCCCGAUCGCGCGUCUACAAUUUCGAUCCCUACCUGGGCCAGAUUAUGCCCGUCACGGAAUUCGACUUUAACGCAUUGAAGGAAUACAUUACUUCAUCGAAAGACGACACCCUCCGCAGUCACGCUAUCAAACAAAAGAAGAAGUACAGCGGAUCAUCUUCCAGUAUGACUUCCGUACUGUCCCAAUUCCACUAUCUUCUUUCUGCUUGGCGUGGUAUCGACACCCGCACAUUGUCUCAGGGCUUCCCAGACAAGCUUCGGUCUUUCACCCGCCUCCUUCGAUCACCGGCUGCCAUGUUUUUGCAUUACCAGGAUGGUGUAUAUGCCAUCGAUGCCGACAAGGAAUUCGAUUCGGCCAACAUUCUUAUGAACCUGGGAAAGUCGAUGGAGAAGCUUCUUACCAUGCCCAAGGAAGAUUUUGAACGCUACCGACGGUCAAGCGAGAACAAGAUCACGUCCGAGGAAGAGCAAGCAAUUCCCGAAUCGUACCAUUACUCCACUUACGGAGAUUUCAUCAUGCGAUCUCAGUUGGAUGCCUAUGACCCCCGUCUCCCCGGAACCGGCAUGUUUGAUUUGAAGACCCGCGCUGUGGUUUCGAUCCGCAUGGACGCCAAGAACUUCGAGCAUGGUCUUGGCUACGAGAUCAAGACUCGAUUUGGCGACUUUGAGUCCUACGAACGCGAGUUCUACGAUAUGAUCCGUGCAGCUUUCCUCAAGUACUCUCUUCAGGUUCGCAUUGGUCGCAUGGACGGUAUUUUCGUUGCGUUCCACAACGUUGAACGCAUUUUCGGAUUCCAGUACGUUAGUUUGCCUGAGAUGGACCAGACUCUGCACGGAACAUCAAACACUGCGCUGGGUAACAAAGAAUUCGAGCUCAGCUUGGGCCUCUGGAAUGAAGUUCUCAACAAAGCAACGGAGAAGUACCCCGAACAGUCUCUUCGAUUCCACUUCGAGACUCGUGACGCCGUGACACCAUUCAUGUACAUUUUCGUCGAGCCCGUUACGAAGGAACAAAUUCAUGCAAUUCAAAACUCCAAGAAGGCCGAGAUUGAUGCUUACCAGCAGCGCCUUCUGAACCUGAAGCCCAGCGAAGAUGACAGCGAUCUCGAUGCUCCUCAAGUCGAAGAGGCGACAGAGACAUCUGCUGUCGAGGCCGAAGAGGAGGAGGCUGCACCGAAGGGCGAGCUUCUCGCCAUGGCGUUGACGAUCCGGAACAAGGUCAAUGACGAGUAUGUCGAUCGGCCUACAGAAGGAUUUAAGGCCGACGACAAGUGGCAGGUUGAGUACGAGUUGAGUGAGUUGUCACCUGCCCAGGGUCAUGUCCUCUACAAAAUGUGCAAGACCCGUCGGAUGAGGGGACUUGAGGGCAGAGGCGAGGAUGAGCUCGAGGUUGCAAGCAACGUGUAUAUCCGCCGACUGCGACAGAUCAGCAAGGAGGGACGCAAGCACCGCGCGCGCGAGAACGAGCUUGACAAGGAACUCGGCAUUGUUGUUUUGGAAGAUGGUGUGAAGGAUAGUGGUGAGAAAUAA